ACUUUUUGAUCUACAGCUAGUAUUUCAAUAUCUCAACUUCUAUUUUCGUUUCCAUUUGCCCAGAAUUUUUUUGUAUUAGUUGGAUUCUUUAUCAACCAAACAAGAGACUGGAAUCAUAUUCCAAGAAUCGGAUUCUAUUCCCAACUCCAGGGUGUUCCAUUGUAUUGUCAUAAAAAGAUGAAAUGAUAUACUUGAUGUGUUAAUGUCAGCAUUCCAAAUUGAGAGCUGAAACUGGAAACAUCUUUUAUAUAUUUUGAGCAGGAUAGCUAGCUAGGUAGGCAAGCUUAAAGCUUAUACAAGAAUUCUUUGCAAUAAUAUUUUUCUUACUUUCUAUUCAACCCUGAAAGAUGGAUUCAGUUGCAGGUCAAAAGCCCCAUGUAAUUCUAUUACCAUUUCCAGCACAAGGCCAUGUUAACCCGUUUAUGCAGCUAGCCAAGCUUUUACACUCGAGAGGUUUUUAUAUAACAUUCGUUAACACCGAGUUCAAUCAUAGACGUCUAGUUAGAGCUCAGGGACCUGAAGCUGUGCAGGGCUUUCCUGAUUUUUGCUUUGAAACAAUACCUGAUGGCUUGCCACCGUCUGAUCGUGACGCCACUCAAGAUCCUCCUGCUUUGUGUGAUGCUAUGAAGAAGAACUGCUUGGCUCCAUUUCUAGAGCUACUGUCUAAGAUAGAUUCUUUAUCUGAAGUGCCUCCAGUCACUUGCAUUAUUUCAGAUGGCAUGAUGAGUUUUGGUACCAAAGCUGCAAAGAUGUUGGGCAUAGCAGAUGCUCAAUUCUGGACAGCCUCAGCUUGUGGUCUCAUGGGAUAUUUGCAAUAUGGUGAAUUCAUCAGGAGAGGCAUUGUUCCUUUCAAAGAUGAAAGCUUCCUUACAGAUGGCACACUUGAUGCUCCAAUAGACUGGAUAGAAGGUAUGAGUAACAUACGGAUUAAGGAUAUGCCAAGCUUUGUUAGAAUCACAGAUAUUAAAGACAUUUUGUUCAAUUACCUAAAAUCAGAAGCAGAGAACUGUUUGAACUCUUCUAGAUUAAUCUUCAACACGUUUGAUGACUUCGAACAUGAAGCCUUAGUUGCUAUUGCAGCAAAGUUUCCUAACCUUUAUACAAUAGGCCCACUUCCUUUGCUUGAAAGGCAGCUACCAGAGGUUGAAUUCAAGUCAUUGAGGCCCAGUUUAUGGAACGAAGACUUGAGAUGUCUUGAAUGGCUAGAUAAAAGAGAACCGAAUUCAGUUGUGUAUGUCAAUUAUGGUAGUGUGACUGUGAUGACAGAGCAACACCUGAAAGAAUUUGCUUGGGGCUUAGCAAAUAGUAAGUACCCUUUUCUAUGGAUUGUUAGGCCGGAUGUUCUAAUGGGAGAUUCUCCAAUCUUGCCUAAAGAAUUCUUCAAGGAAAUUAAAGAUAGAGGAGUUUUAGCAAGUUGGUGUCCACAAAAUCAAGUACUUUCACACCCAUCAAUUGGUGUUUUUAUAACACAUUGCGGCUGGAAUUCAGUGAUGGAAAGUAUUUGUGGAGGAGUGCCUGUAAUAGGUUGGCCAUUUUUUGCAGAGCAACAAACAAAUUGUAGAUAUGCAUGUACUAGCUGGGGAAUUGGCAUGGAGGUCAAUCGUGAUUUCAGGAGUGAAGAGAUUGUGGAUCUUCUUAGGGAAAUGAUGGAAGGAGAAAAUGGGAAACAGAUGAAACAGAAAGCUUUGGGUUGGAAGAAGAAAGCAGAGGAAGCAACUAAUGUUGAUGGAUAUGGAUCGUCGUACAAUAAUUUUAAUAGACUUGUUAAAGAAAUUUUCCUCCAUGUUGAUACAAGGAAUAAAUGAAAUAAAAGCUUAGGAUGAGUUUGUCUAAAUAUGGGAGGUAUAGAGGAAGAAGGUGCACAAACAACUUAUUUGCUUGGGAUGAGAGUGUUCUACCAAGUGUUCCUAAAAUUUCGUGAAUGAAAUAAAAUUAAUGUAAGAUACAAUCGACUGUUGAAAUGCAAUGAAGGCACAAUAUAAACAAAGUAUUACCAUGAACAA